AUGAACGAUGCAUCCGACCUGUCGCAUACAUCUGCAGCGAUUGUAGCCGGCGGUGCUGUAUCGUUCAUGAACGAUGCAUCCGACCUGUCGCAUACAUCUGCAGCGAUUGUAGCCGGCGGUGCUGUAUCGUUCAUGAACGAUGCAUCCGACCUGUCGCAUACAUCUGCAGCGAUUGUAGCCGGCGGUGCUGUAUCGUUCAUGAACGAUGCAUCCGACCUGUCGCAUACAUCUGCAGCGAUUGUAGCCGGCGGUGUUGUAUCGUUCAUGAACGAUGCAUCCGACCUGUCGCAUACAUCUGCAGCGAUUGUAGCCGGCGGUGUUGUAUCGUUCAUGAACGAUGCAUCCGACCUGUCGCAUACAUCUGCAGCGAUUGUAGCCGGCGGUGUUGUAUCGUUCAUGAACGAUGCAUCCGACCUGUCGCAUACAUCUGCAGCGAUUGUAGCCGGCGGUGUUGUAUCGUUCAUGAACGAUGCAUCCGACCUGUCGCAUACAUCUGCAGCGAUUGUAGCCGGCGGUGUUGUAUCGUUCAUGAACGAUGCAUCCGACCUGUCGCAUACAUCUGCAGCGAUUGUAGCCGGCGGUGUUGUAUCGUUCAUGAACGAUGCAUCCGACCUGUCGCAUACAUCUGCAGCGAUUGUAGCCGGCGGUGUUGUAUCGUUCAUGAACGAUGCAUCCGACCUGUCGCAUACAUCUGCAGCGAUUGUAGCCGGCGGUGCUGUAUCGUUCAUGAACGAUGCAUCCGACCUGUCGCAUACAUCUGCAGCGAUUGUAGCCGGCGGUGCUGUAUCGUUAAUGAACGAUGCAUCCGACAGUUGUAGGAUGCAUCGUUCACAAACGAUGUAA